CCCGCAGCCUCUUCCCCCAAAGUCUACGGCCGUCACUUCGCAGGUCGCCCUAUAUAAUGAGCCGCCGGACCUUCCGCCCGCCUCGCGCUCGCCAUAGAGGCCAUCUUGGGUGUGGCGGUAGUGACGAGCGCGCUCUGCUAGUUCCUGCCCUUCGCCUUAUAAUUCUUAACGGAGAAACGUGUUUAGCUGGUGUAUUUGGAGUCUUCAAAAGCACUGUUUGCCAUCUCUGGUUGCCCUGAUUGUGGACAAUGCAGACGCCGCCUCAAGCGGAGGAGGGUUCAAAUUCUGUCAUGUCUCAUGUCCCCGGGCGUGCUUGUGUGCUAGGAAUAGAUAUGGGCACUACCUCUGUGAAAGUAGCUCUGGUGGAAGAGACUGACCAAGGCCCAGCUGUCAUCAAGAGCUGCACCAAAGAGACGCAGGCGCAGGUGGAGGGCCAGAGUGGGCCGCAGGGCGAUGAGCAGGAUGUUAAAAAAAUUGUAGCUGCCUUGAACGAAUGCCUCGAGGCCCUUCCCCAGCACUGCUUGCAACGGGUUUGCCGCAUUGGAAUUUCUGGACAGAUGCACGGGAUCGUGUUCUGGAAAGCUGGUCGAGGUUGCAAAUGGACAGGCAGUGGAACUGGGCAAAGAUUUGAGCCACAGGAAGUCAGCUGCCUGAUCACAUGGCAAGAUGGCCGCUGCAGUAGCAGCUUCCUCUCCUCACUUCCUCCACCACGAUCACACCUCAGUGUGGCCACAGGAUUUGGUUGUGCCACAGUCUACUGGUACUUACGGAACAGUCCAGAUUUCUUGAAACGUUAUGAUGUUGCUGGAACCAUCCACGAUUAUGUGGUCACCAUGCUGUGUGGCCAGGAACAGCCACGAAUGUCUGUCCAGAACGCUGCCAGCUGGGGGUACUUCAACACCACCCAAAAAACCUGGAAUAUGGACAUCCUCGGAGAAUCCCAGUUCCCUCUUCAUUUGCUUCCCAAAGUGGUGGAGCCUGGAGACCUUGCUGGAGAAACUUCUUGCACGUGGCAUGCGAUUCCAAAGGGGACAGAAGUUGGCGUUGCUCUGGGGGACUGCCAGUGUUCCGUGUACUCGUGCAUGCCCCAAAGCACUGAUGCAGUCCUCAACUUUGGCACUUCUGCUCAGCUCACCAUGCAGGCACCCUUUGGCUUCCAGCCAGGAGACUCUCCGGACCCUUGUUCGCCUGUGGCCUACUUUCCGUAUUUUGGCAACCGCUAUCUGGCCGUGGCAGCCUCGCUUAACGGCGGAAAUGUCCUGGCGACAUUUGUGGACAUGUUGGCUGAAUGGAUGGCUGAGUUGGGACUCGAAGUCCCACAUUCGGUCCUCUUCCCGCGAGCUAUACAAGCCGCCUUGGCCCAAGCCGACACCGCUCUCUCCAUUCGCCCAACCGUCUUUGGCGAAAGGCACGUCCCCGAGCAGCGAGGCUCCGUGACGGACAUCGUGGCCUCUGACCUCUCUUUGGGGCACGUGACUCGAGCCCUGUGCCGUGGCGUGGUCCAGAACCUGAACUCCAUGUUGCCUUCCGAGCGCUUGUUGGAGAUGGGGGCAAAGCGGAUCCUGGCCAGCGGCAGCGCACUCUCCAGGAACGAAGUGUUGAGGCAGGAAGUAGAGAAGAUGUACCCCUUUCCUGUGGUUUAUGGGAAAGACAUGGACGCCGCAGUGGGGGCCGCCUUGGUGAUGCUACACAGGCAGUAAGGUUGAAGCACAGGAUGGCAAAGCUCCCUCUGCUUGGGAAGCGGAUGUGCUUCAUGCAGAUGCCCAGGGAGACACCUGCUCUUUGCAGGAAGAUGUGGCAGCCCCAACCCCUUCCGUUUAAGAGGGUUGCAUAUGUGGGUCGACUGGUGGUGCCACAGAACAUCGCUGGCAACAGAGAUCCCUGCAAUCUGCCAUCAGCUACCUGAUGGUUGGGAUUUAAGCCUUCAUCCUGUGUUCCAGAUGUAUAAAUGGGUCUCAUAGGAGCUGCACCUGUGUGAUACCUUCCCUGAGCUCCAUCCUCCCCCCCAAGGGAUCCUUUCAGUAAUGAAAGGGAGCCCCCCUCCCCUUUUGAAUGGGUUAGGGAGCAAAUUAGCCUUGAAUCUCCCUGGAGGCGAAGGAAACAUUCCACUUUCGUAAAUUAUUCUCCAGUGUUAAUUUUUUUUAAUUUACAGUUUUUAUUUGAUUCUAUAGAAUUUACAGAACACAAUAAACAUAGACAGUACAUUCAACAACAAACAGUUAUCCAAAGUAACUAUAAGAAAAAAUACUUGGUAUUUCUUUAAUGAGUAGACAAUUUCUUUAUACCGAGACAAAUUUUCUUCUCCUUAGUAGUAUAACAGUUGUUUAUAUUGAUCUCCUUUGAGGUUUGCUUGUAACAUUGCUUCAUUUGAUGAUAGGUGCUCUAGAAUCGGGAGCCACUGUUCUGAAAAAUGGGAUCUGUAUCUCUGAUUUUCGUAGUGUGCUAGACGAUCCGCUAUUUUUCCCAUUAUGAAAUAGUCCCAGAGUUGGUUAUACCAAUCAGUAAUUGUUGGAGAAGUUUUCUGUUUCAUUUUGAUGCAAUUGCUGAUUUGGUUAUUGACAAGAGAAUCCCAAUUAACUUAAUCCUGACUUCCGGUAUUUAAGGGUCUUUCCAGUGGCUUAACAAUAUAAUUUCAGGUCUUAGUGGAACUGCAUAGUCUCCAGUGUUCAUUCUUGUGUUCAUAAUAAAAAAGCCCCAAAGACGUCUUCCUGGUUUCCGUCCCUGA